UGCCUCUCUUAGAGUGGUGAAAAAGGCAGCGAUUCCCCGUGCUUGCAGAGACAAGUGGGGGACGGAAAGCGGCGUUUCAAUUUUUCUGUCCCCAGGUUAAGUGACAGUUCUCCCUUUCCACUAUGGGCAAGAAGGGCAAAGUCGGGAAGAGCCGGCGGGACAAGUUCUAUCACUUGGCGAAGGAGACCGGUUACCGCUCCCGCUCUGCUUUCAAGCUGAUCCAGUUGAAUCGCCGUUUUCAGUUCCUGCAGAAAGCACGAGCCUUGCUGGACCUGUGUGCUGCGCCCGGGGGAUGGCUGCAGGUGGCUGCUAAGUUUAUGCCUGUAUCCAGCCUUAUUGUGGGAGUGGAUCUGGUUCCAAUCAAGCCUCUUCCCAAUGUGGUGACACUCCAGGAGGACAUCACAACAGAACGCUGUAGGCAGGCCCUGAGAAAGGAACUGAAGACCUGGAAAGUUGAUGUUGUGCUCAACGAUGGGGCCCCCAAUGUUGGGGCUAGCUGGGUCCAUGAUGCUUACUCACAAGCCCAUUUGACACUGAUGGCUCUACGUUUGGCUUGUGAUUUUCUGGCCCGUGGUGGCUGCUUCAUCACAAAGGUUUUUCGUUCCCGUGACUAUCAGCCCCUACUGUGGAUCUUCCAGCAGCUCUUUCACCGUGUCCAGGCCACUAAGCCCCAAGCCUCUCGCCAUGAAUCUGCGGAGAUCUUUGUAGUUUGCCAGGGAUUCCUGGCUCCUGACAAGAUUGACAGUAAGUUCUUUGAUCCCAAAUUUGCCUUCAAGGAGAUUGAAGUUCAGGCCAAGACUGUUACUGAAUUGGUGACUAAGAAAAAGCCAAAGGCUGAAGGCUAUGCUGAGGGUGAUCUCACGCUCUAUCACCGUGCUUCAGUCACUGACUUCCUCCGAGCUGCCAACCCUGUUGAUUUCCUCUCCAAAGCCAGCGAAAUCUCCCUGGAUGAUGAAGAGUUGGCACAGCAUCCAGCUACCACUGAGGAUAUCCGGGCAUGCUGUCAGGAUAUCAAAGUGCUAGGGCGCAAGGAGCUUAGGUCCCUACUGAACUGGAGAACAAAGCUCCGGCGAUAUGUGGCCAAGAAGCUGAAAGAGCAAGCAAAGGCACUGGACAUCAGCCUCAGUUCAGGAGAGGAAGAGGAGGAGGAGGGUGAAGAGUCUGAGGCCGGUACUGGGAGGCAGCCCUCUAAAGAGGAGGAGGAGGAGGAACAAUUAAAUCGGACCCUGGCAGAGAUGAAGGCCCAGGAGGUAGCAGAAUUAAAGAGGAAGAAAAAGAAGCUGCUGCGUGAGCAGAGGAAACAGCGGGAACGUGUGGAGCUGAAGAUGGAUCUUCCUGGGGUGUCUAUAGCAGAUGAGGGGGAGACCGGCAUGUUCUCCCUGCGUACCAUCCGGGGUCACCAGUUGUUAGAGGAGGUAACGCAAGGGGAUAUGAGUGCUGCAGACACAUUUUUGUCGGAUCUGCCAAGAGAUGACAUCUAUGUAUCCGAUGUUGAAGAUGAUGACACAUCUUUGGAUAGCGACCUGGAUCCAGAGGAGCUGGCAGGAGUUGGAGGAUCACGGCAUCUAAAGGAUCAAAAGCGUGUACGAUUUGGUGAAGAUGAUGAUAAAGAGGAGGAGGAGGAAGAGAAUCCACUGCUGGUGCCACUGGAGGAAAAGACAGUACUGCAGGAAGAACAAGCCAGUCUGUGGUUCUCUAAGGAUGGCUUUAGUGGGAUUGAGGAUGAUGCUGAUGAGGCCCUGGAGAUCAGUCAGGCCCAGCUUUUGUAUGAGAGCCGUCGGAAGGGGCAACAGCAGCUGCCACCACCAUCUUCCAGUUUGAAGAGUGAGAAGAAAACCUCCCAGUGCCAGGAUGAGGACCCUAAGGGGGCAGAGGCUCCAGCAGAGGCCAAGACUGUCCCUAGGACUGGCAGGGAAGGAGAUGACAGCUCAGACAGUGAUGAUAGCAGCAGCAGUGAUGGAGAGCGUUGGGAACCAAAGCACGGGAAGAAGCGAAGCCAUGGUCUUAAGUCCGAUGAUGAUGGGUUUGAGAUUGUGCCUAUUGAAGACCCAGUGAAACAUCAGAUACUAGACCCUGAAGGCCUUGCCCUAGGUGCUAUCAUUGCCUCUUCCAAAAAGGCUAAGAGAGAUCUCAUAGACGACUCCUUCAGCAGGUAUACAUUUAACGAGGAGGAGGGGGAGCUUCCUGAGUGGUUUGUGCAGGAGGAAAAGCAGCACAGGAUUCGGCAACUGCCUAUUGACAAGAAGGACGUGGAACACUACCGCCGACGGUGGAGGGAGAUAAAUGCACGUCCCAUCAAGAAAGUAGCGGAGGCAAAGGCCAGAAAGAAACGGAGGAUGCUGAAGAAGCUGGAGCAAACCAAGAAGAAGGCAGAGGCUGUGGUGAAUACCGUGGACAUCUCUGAACGUGAGAAGGUGGCUCAGCUUCGGAGUCUCUAUAAGAAGGCUGGGCUCGGCAAGGAGAAACGCCAGGUCACCUAUGUAGUAGCCAAAAAAGGCGUGGGUCGCAAAGUGCGCAGGCCAGCUGGGGUCAGAGGUCAUUUCAAGGUGGUGGACUCAAGGAUGAAGAAGGACCAAAGAGCACAGCAAAGGAAAGAACAGAAGAAAAAACACAGACGGAAGUGAGCAGAGCCACCAAGGGCCUCUGAGGACAUGGAGGUGAGAUUCUGGCCUCCCACUACCAGCUACAGACUUGCUGGCAUCAGUCCGCUGGAAAGACAGGUGCAACGCUUAGAACGCUCCCAGAGGUCCUGAGUGGUAAGGGAAGAUGUUCUCCCGCCUGAAGCAAGGCCUCGGACAUCUGUUGGUGCUGUAACGGACCCCCCGAGCUCUUCCAUUAGGAUUGUGCAGUACUAAAACAGUCCAACCUUUUUGUAAGUCCUAAGGGGAAGGUCAGUGUUAGAGUGGCAUUCACUCUAUUACUGGGCAAGUGGGCCUCUUGGAGUCUUCCCUGCAGCCUCUUCUGUUAUCUGAAUAAAACCAGGGUAAUGUCUUUUCUGA